AUUGGAAAUGGUGGCGCAGCAAUGAGGCUCUGCUAUGAUUGCAGAAGUGACCACUGCACUGCCUCAGAGGAUAUCUACAAGAUAAACAUAGAUUAUUCCUCUGCAAUCAUCUUAGAACAUCAUUAUCUAUGGAUUCCCUUUCCUAGGUUCCUUAUUCAUCUCUUGUAUAAUCCCCAAUGGCCACGGGUCUCGAGGUUUUAGGUGGUGUCGCGGCUUCGCUUGAGCUGGUCAAAAUAACAAAAAGCUGUCUGUCAACUUUUAAUGAGUUACGCAAUGCGGACAUACAGGCGAGAGCCCAAGGAGAUAUACAAUUCCAUUUUAUCGUGCAAGGCCUCAAAUUUGAUCGUUGGUGUUCAUUGCUGGGGAUACAGAACAUGUUUGAGCUAUCCGAAAUGUCGCCUAGUCAGUGGCAGCAAAAAGUCGAAGUCAAGGAGUUCGAAGACCUGUUACAAGAUCGGCUACGAUUCAGGAGUCAUAACCUCGUUACCCUUGUGUUGAGAACCUUGAAGUCGAUGGAACAAAAGUUCAGCGAGGCUGAGAAAUUAAUGGUGAAAUAUUCAGUCUCAACAGAUACUCAAGCCCCGUUUGUUAGUCCAACCCCAUCUCGCAAACACCACUUCACGCUUCCCAGAGUCUUGAAAAGAACAAAGCAACUAUCAUUGCCAUCGAGCGACAUGUCUGCAGAGGACAUCAGUUCAAUUCGGGGCCGAAUCGCACGCCCUAUUUCUAAGAUGCAAUGGGUGGCGACGGACAAGAAAACUGCGCAAGAUAUACUAAAGAGCAUCGUGAAAGUCAAUGACUCUUUGGUGGGACUCUUGGAGUCAAUACACCAAGCCCAAAUAAAUCGGCAGAUAAAUCUGGCCAUCCUGGACAGCGUAGAACAUCAAGAACGCUACAUCACGCAGAUCCUCCCCCGAGACAGUGAAGUCCGAGCUUUGGUUGGUAUGAGGCUUUGGCAAGCGCGCGGGCUCAAAGAAUCCGAGGAUAAUGCCUCAUCAUACUCUGGAACAAGCUUCGGAGUUGAUGCGAGGCCGGCCAGGCACACCACAUAUUCAACUCAGGACUUUAAGAAAAAUACCAUUCACCUCGGGGAGUCGAGAUCGUUUUCCAUCUUGGGUGGAGAAUCGGUUGUGGUAGAAUGGAAGUACUUUAGCAAGGACCGACCAUUUUCCGUCGAACAGUCGUUUCGUCUUAUGGAUUUGGUCCAACUUCUCAAUACUACUGAUCUAUACAAGAAGUUCCAAGCCCUCCCAUGUAAAGGCUAUGUCACUGACAACGAGAACUUUCGAGUCGGCAUGAUCUUUUCAACUGGGCAUCGUUCGACGAUGACUCCUCAGUCCCUUCAAGGUGCAAUACAUGGCACAACAGAAACACCCCCGCCAGUGGGUGAGCGAUUUGCGAUAGCGAGACGCUUUGUUCUAGCCAUUCACAACCUCCACGCUGUACAGUGGCUACACAAGGGGAUUCGCAGCGAUAAUAUCCUAUGCUUUCAAGAUAUUGGUAGCAAAGACAACCUCGAUAUCUUGCGAGAGAAUAAACCUACGGAUCCAACUGGUGAAACAGAUCCCAUAGGGGAAAUGGUAGGCUCAAAGGAAAAAGAUCACCAUUUAACAAAGGCCCCUAGUCCGCUCCCUACAUUCUACCUAUUGGGAUGGGAUCUGUCACGCCCAGACCACCCAGAAGAGCUUUCUGAGUCUAUCUCAGUUUCUACUCUAGGUUUUCAGACUAAGCUGGAGGCUAUUCGUAUGUAUACCCAUCCAGAUGCGUUUUCCGCCCAGCAUCUAUCACCAGGGAAACGACUACGGUAUCGUCCACAGUGGGACAUGUACAGUAUUGGUCUGAUUCUCCUCGAAGUUGGACUGUGGAGAACACUAGACACAAUCCGUCGCAAAGUCACGAACGAUGACGAUUUUCGGCUGCGUGUGCGGACGGAGUACUGUGAUAGGUUACAGGCAAAAAUGGGACUCGUUUACUGGAGGGUUGUCCAAAGAUGUCUGAAUGAUGACUUCGAGUUGAGCGAUGAAGGGGUUUCGGGUCAUCAUGAUUUUUCCUUGCAAGUUGCAUUCGAGAAGCAGGUAGUCUUCGAAUUGGAAAGAUGUUAUGCUUGAUGAAACACAGGAUCUAGGGAUCCCACAGUAUGAGGCUGUUUUCUGUCCAUCAGGGCUCAAAGGAAGAUCUAUAACAAGGGUAGAUGACUAGGCUUAGAACUUGAGCAAUUUAUAUUAUAAUGAACAACUAGGGCUGCAUGAGUCCUUGACCAACCAACUCUUUCUCGGCUGUUGGUGGCUCGACUCGACUCUAUAUACAAC